AUGAAACUGCAGAUAAGAAAAAAUUUGUUCAUUGUGACUAAGUUGGUUAAUGUGGUGAGCUUAACGGUCUCUCCCCUCUCUCUCCCUCUCCCCUCUCUCUCCCUCUCCCUCUCUCUCCCUCUCCCUCUCUCUCCCUCCCCUCUCUCCCUCUCCCCCUCUCUCCCCUCUCUCCCCCCUCUCCCCCCUCUCCCCCCUCUCUCCCCCUACUCCCCCCUCUCGAAAGAUGCAGCUUCCACUUCUCCAUUUUUUUUUUUUUGCCCCCUCGUGCCAGCCUCUACUUCUGUCCGUGCCAGCCCCCUGUCCGUGCCAGCCUCUACUUCUGUCCGUGUCCCCUGUCCCCCUUCUGUGUCCCCCAGCCAGCCUCUACUUCUGUCCUGUCCGUCCCCCUCGUGCCAGUCCCCCCUGUCAAGUGUCCCCCUCGUGCCAGCCUCUACUUCUGUCCGUGUCCGUGUCCCCCGUGCCCCUGUCCGUGUCCCCCCUCGUGCCAGCCUCUACUUCUGUCCGUGUCCCCCUCGUGCCAGCCUCUACUUCUGUCCGUGUCCCCCUACUUCUGUCCGUGUCCCCCUCUGCCAGCCUCUCUACUUCUGUCCGUGUCCCCCCCCUCGUCCCCCCUCUACUUCUGUCCGUGUCCCCCUCGUGCCCAGCCUCUACUUCUGUCCGUGUCCCCCUCGUGCCAGCCUCUACUUCUGUCCGUGUCCCCCUCGUGCCAGCCUCUACUUCUUCUGUGUUUAUUUUUUUAUUUUUUUUCCCUUUACUUUCGUCAUCUGCAUUUUCUCUUUCCCUCUCUCUCUAUCACUAUGGUCUCUCUCUCUCUCUCUCUCUCUUUCUCUCUCUACUUCUCUCUCUCUCUCUCUCUCUCUCUAA